GAAAGACAAAGCGGUGUUUUGGGUCUCACAUUUUACUAGUUUAAAUCCGUUACUUACCGGCGAUUCAAUUCCGGCAGCGGCGAAUAUUCACCGUUCACAUUUUCCGCUGUUUUAGCAUAUUCCGGCGAAUAAAGUAACUAUGAGUGUAUUUGGAGGAGAUAGUUGGGCAAGAGAAGCACAAUAUAGGAAGAGAAGACUCGAUGAAUUGAUGGUUGAUAACAUCCAUUCCUCUGUUUAUAAGAAGCUCUCUAGCGGCAAAUUCGCUUGCCUCGUUUGCGCUCAUCGUCCGGUCCUCGAUACUCCCCUCAUGCUCUCUGUACAUGUGAAAGGUUCAUGCCAUCGGGCAGCAGAGUCAAGGCUUAGAGAAAGAGAAUUAGGGAGGCAAGAUGAAAUAAACAAAAGAAUAGCCUUGUCAGAAUGUGGUACUGCCACCUCGAGCACCUUGACAUCCAGCCAGUUACGUAAAUCAGCAAGCAAACCAUUGAUCGAGCGCACAAGGAAAGCUGCUUCUGACAUACUUCAUCAAAAUUUGGCACGAAGUACUGCUUCUGAAGUGGAUGAGAUCAAAUGUAACAAGGGUGAUACUACAAGUGGUCUAGCUAAUAAAAGACAUAGUCAAUGUGUUCAUGUAGGAGUCGCAACAAAUCAAACUAUCAUGCCUCAAGCAUACAACCGGGAGCUUCGAGAGAGGGAGCUUAAGUUCACCUCUGCUGGCUGGAAGCGUGAUGGCCAUGGGAGGUGGUUUAGGGAUGAAAAUGUAGAGUUUGACUCAGAUGAAGAAGAUCCUAAUCUCUGUCUUCCAUGACUAUUGGUUGAAAACAAGGAGUUGAAUACUAGUCCCACUCAAGUAAUAACCAGACGUAUUCCAAUGUAUGACGGUCCAAGUAAUUCAUGGUUAUGUGUACAAAGCCAGCAUGCUACAAGUUAUAGUGUAGAAGUUGGAUGAGUUUUCAAUUUAGCUGGUCCGCGUUUCUGAAUAUGAUACUUCGGUUUCAGUUGGAUAUGGAUGGUAAACAUGUUGCUUUGUAUGAGAUAGGUCUGAGCACUUGAGCUGGAAUGCUUUGCUCUGAUCUGCUGGAUAGCGGUUGAGCAGCUGAGGUGACUAUUUCUUCUACUUCAUCCCUUUAAAUCCUCAAUUUGUGAUAGCCACAAAUCUAGCAGGGUGAAGCCAUUGGGAAAUGAAUUACAUGGCCUUCAGUUUUGGCAUCUACUCCGUCUUUCCUCAGUCUAGGUGUAAAAUAAUCGGGGCUCACAGUAUAGUGGUAUGGCUGAAAGUCUGGCACACUACGUGUGAGCAAUUCCGCUUCCCUCCUGUCCAUUCUCUGAUCCCGAUUUUCUGAUGUGUUAGUUGAAGAUUACUGAGGCCAUCUUUGACAAUAUCCUACUUGUGAAAAGCAGCAAGAAAUGUACAAGCUAGACAUUUAUGUUAAUGCAAAACAAAGAAAUACAGGCAGGUAAUUUUCAA